UGGACGCUUACCUUAAAGCGUAUUUACCUAGGUACAUAAAUUAAAAUUCUGUUUCUUUUUGUCUAAGUGGUGAUACAAUUAAUAGGAAACUAAUAUUUUAAAAAUUAGCCACCUUUCAACCCACCAGUACCAGUUACAACUAGAGGUCUUACUUCCACUCUGGUUCUCCAUUCAUUUCGUUCUACUACGCAGCAUGGAUGAGACAUUACAAUGCCUCAACCGAGUGUUGUCGUUCGUUGGCAUUUCCAUCUUUGCCAAAAACAACUGGGACAGCCCCUUCUACCGGGUCAUACAGAUUUUCAACCUUAUCAUCGCCAUCAUCACAUUUAUUCUCACAACCGGCUGCAUCAUUAACAGUUUCUCUGAUCUCCCUGCUCUCAUUGAAAGCAUUUGCAUCUGGACCACUGGUGUCAUCCUCUCUAUCUCUAUCACCAUUUGCUGGGUCUUCCGCAAAAGGUUUAGACUUUUUGUUCUCGAAAUGGGUUUUAGGGACACUAUCUUGGAUGUCCCUUUGAUCCAUUACGUCAUGGGGUUGGAGAGUGGUGGUGAACUUCUGAUGGAGUUGAAAGAGUUGGUGGUGGAUUCUAGGGAGAGAUUGCUGAGGUUUGUGAGGAUCCUGUUGAAGUGUUACGUGUCGUCUGUGUUUGUGACGGCGAGCUUGUAUAUUGUGGGUGCCAUUUAUCGCAUGCUGGUCAGGGAAGAUCAGUCUUUGAGGAUUCUGGCGUUUGAAAUGUGGUUCCCCUGGAGUCUGGAGGACAUGCGGGUGUAUGCGGCCUCGUUUAUUUUUCAUGCAUACGCCGGCCUCAUCUGCUGCAGUGGUUAUCCAGGAUUCCAAAUAACGAUCAUUCUGCUAGUCGGACAGAGUAUCAGGCAGCUGCGGAUCCUGACUUUCGUCAUCAGCCACCAGGACGAGCUGGUCAAGGAAAUUACCAACAUGAGAGAGGGGGAAAGCCUUUGGCAGCUGUACUGCACGGAUAUCUUGUCACAGUGCAUCAAGCAUUAUAUUACUUUGAAAACAUUCAACAACCGAGUGAACGUGAUCUUCCGUCCGUUCUACCUGACGCUCAUUCUGGUGGCCACGCUGCUGGUGUGUGGGUGCUCCACUAAGAUCGCCAUUUCUAACAAGUUUGCGCUGGAGGUGAUCAAAUACUACGUGCACGAGUUUUGCUUCAUCAUCGUCGUGCUGAUGUUCUGUCUCCUCGGGCAGCAGCUGCAAGACGAGUGUGAAAAACUCGAAGGUUCUAUUUUACAAAAGUGGUACAUUUACAAUGCUAAACAUACAAAACAUUUGCGCAUUUUCAAAAUGGCAGCGAGUCAGAGAAUGCCGAUUCAUAUUUUUGGAACUAUCACCCUGUCAUUGCCUACUUUUACUUGGUUUAUAAGAACAGGAACCUCGUUUUUCACUCUCAUGAUGUCAUUUAUGGAAGAGCAAUGAGUAGAAGCAUUGGGAAUUAAACGAUAAUUAUGAAUAAUUACUUGUAGAACAAAAAUAUUAUAUUUUUAGUUAAAUACAUAAUGCUAAUGCUUGUUUGAAUUAUUUUUAAACGC